UAUUUAAAUGAUUUCGCAAGAAAUGUGAAGUAAAUUUAUCUGCACGUCUAUAAAUAAGACGAAAUGCAACGAAUUGCGAGCCAUAUAUUUAAAACAAAAACUGUUUUGUAUCCGAGGCAGAUAGACUACCGAUUAGUCAGAAUAACUCAGUCUGCGACAAAUUUGAAGCAAUUCAGAAAGUAUCCCGAUAGAGAGCCUUGUCCGCUGCCUCCACCACCGCCCAAGCCCAAAGAAAAGGAUGACAGAUUGAUAUGGGGGACAGUGUUUCUAGCAACACUAGCAGGAGCAUUCGCGUAUUACGCUAAACAGUCCCCACAGACUCGUGAUUGGUUAACUAUAUACGCGCCCUGGUUCGAUGAUAUGAUAGCUGUCAUAUUUCAAGAGAAUAUGUCGUAUAAAGAAUAUAUGAACGAAUGUAUCGAAAGCUUUAAGAAAUAUAUACAUAUGGAUGAAAAAACAGAUGUCUGUAAAAUCGAAGAACCACCAAAAUCGAUUCCUACCGUUCCAGAAAAACCCAAGGAAAUAAUGCAACCUGUCAAAGAGGUAAUCGAACAGCCGCCAUGUGUUCGUCUUCCACCGCCUGUACUAACGAAAGAUAUUUGCGAAGUAGAAUCCUGCUUGAAGGAUCUGUUUGAGACAGUUAUAAACAAUUAUGAUACUGCUAAAGCGGCUUGUGUGUAUUACUGUCAGGCAGUGGAUGAUACAAUGAACGAUUUCUCAAUGCCUAAAUUAAAAGAGCUUCGCAAAGCAAUGGAAGAGCGCAUGGAUUUGGUGAGAGUGUCAAUACAGAAUGCGUUGGAAGCGCAAGAGGGGAUGGAGGAGUUAACACGUUACUUGGAAUGCGGGGUACAAGCUCUUCCCGAAGCUAUUGAAAAAACGAAAGAAAUGAUGGAGCAAUGUCAGGAGAAGAUAAAAGCCAUGUUAAUACAAUAUCAGUGGGAAAAUGAUAAGGCUUUAGUUCGUGACAGACAGUGGCAAAUGGUGGAAACGUACAUAGAUAAAUAUACAGAAGAAAAUGAGACUCUCAUACCUGGUCUGCACUACACACAUAAUAAGUUGAGAAUGGACGGUGAUCCAGACCUUCUUUUGUACCACACUUAUCGAUAUAAACGAGAUUUAGAAGAAGAACUACAAGAGGUGGUGUCUGGUAUGAAGGAGCGUGCGGAUAGAGCUGUGGAUACUAUACGUUCGGAAGAUGAAAAAACUGAACGAGAAAGGAAACUAGUCUUAGAAAAUCUAACCAAAUUAAAACGUCUCGAAUUGGAAAAAGACUUUAAGACGAGGGAAGAAAAUUUAAAGAAAAGAAACGAGGAUAUGUUAAAAGAUGCAUUAAGGAAACAAUUACAAAGACACGAAGAGAUGUUGGAAAAGAAAUUGAAACAAAGAGAGAUAGAGGCGACAGCUAAACUCAAACAAAUGGUGGCUGACAAAGUUGCAGCUGAAAAGCGUCUCUUUGCAAAACAACGAACCGAAAUGGCGGCCAAAUUGAAGAUUUUAGAAGACAAGCUCGCUGCGCAUUUAAAAGCGGAGAAAGAAACUAAAAGAUCACAGGAGUUAUGGGCGGCUGGAUCAUCAUUGCUGGCUGCGACUCGCAAGGGAGAGAAAUGUGUAAACGUCUCUAAAGAAUUGAAGGCAAUACACAAAGCAUCAGGAGGCGAGGAUAAGCUGGUCUCUACUGUAAUGAAGUCAAUACCAAGAUCUGUGUGGACAGACGGCGUGGUGCCUGAUAGUGUACUUAAAGCUAAUUUUUACAAGAUGGAGAAGACCGCUUUAAAAGUAGCUUUAGUGGAACUGGAGGGUUCACCUCUACCAGUUUACUUUAUAUCCUGGUUACAAUCGAUGUUUUUGUUUUUCAAGGUUUCAGGAAUACCACAAAAAGAGGUUGACGAUCCGCCCAAAGAACCAGCGAAAGAUUUGGAUACUUUUGAUUUACUCCAAAGGGCUCGUUUCUGGAUGGAGAGAGGUAACCUAGCAACCGCUAUACGUUACGUGGCCUCUUUGGAAGGUGCGUCUCUGGUCGCGGCUGAGACUUGGCUUGAAGCGGCUCGCAUACAUCUCGAGAUCAGACAGGCGGCUGAAGCUAUUAUAGCGCACGCGGCCGCUUUGGGACUGCAGUAUAUUUAGUUGAAAUUACUUGGAGGAAAAAGCAACCAGGCUCUAUAAGGUAUACGUCAAUGUGGGACGUGGCAAUUAGU